CGCAAUUUCCGUUUCCGGUGUAAACAAAAAAAAACUCCAAUAUGGCGGAAUUUCGGAACCCUACUAUGACCGUCCGUGGACACUGAGGAACAUUAUACAAAAUAAUGACGGAACCGAGAAGUGGAGCGGGGUCAGUUCGCUACUACUGCACCGCCGGCAACGGGAUGGAGCCUUUCUUAGUGGACGAGGUGACGAGGAAGCUGGCAGCUGAAGAUGUGUGUCAGAUGCCAGGUAAAGUGUUGUUCAGCUCCUCUGCGAAGAUCGACAGAGUCAGUGGGCUAAAGGCUGCAGAGAGACUCUUCCUCCUGUUGAAACACGACUCGCCUGUGCAGUUCUCUGCCCACACCAGCUCAGCAAAGGCAGCCUCUGUGCUGCGGUCCAGACUGUUGGGUCAUAGGAGUCAAUGGCACAGUGCUGUAUUGACAUGGAGCUGCCUGCAGAGGGAGCUAUCCAACAGAAGCACUACUGUCAACACAUCACGCACUGCCCCGGGUGUGAUGGGGAAGAGGAAAGGGGAGCAGGGGAAUCGAGAACAGAGGGAAGAGGAGGAGAAGUGCAAUGUGGAGACUGGAAAGAGUACAGUAGCGCAGAGGGAGGAGGAAGGUGGGGCCAGGAGGCUGAGAAGUGGCGAAGAAAAUGGAGCACAGAUACUGGAAACGAAGAGAAAAAGAGAGACAGUACAGAGAGAGGAAAAGAUGAGCAGAGAAACCGGUGGAGUUGAAGCCCAGACACUGGAGAAAAGGAUAAAGAGGGAUAAUGAAGAGGAGUCCAGUAGUGACAAAAGUGUAGAGAAACAGAGGACUUCUGACAGAGAACGAAAGAGUGAGGACAAAAAUGGUGAGGAGAGGAAGAUGGUUAUGGAGUUUAGUAGCUGUAGACAAAAUGUAGAAAAAGGAAUUAUAUCAGAAACUGGUUUGCAUUGCAAAGGAUCAGUUGGUGUCCACGCAGCAGCAGGAGCAGACCACAAUGUGGAUAGUAGCAGCGGGAAGAUGGAUGACAUGGCAGACGACUGUGCUCUGGAAAAUGUGGAACAUGUAAAGACUACUGGAGGAGAAGAGAAGACACUACAGCCACCCAGCAUAAAUAAAUCAGAGGUUACUUCCUCUUCCCCGGUCUCUUUUCGGAUCAGCUGCAAGUGUACUGGAUCUCUGUCCCGAUACUUCAGCACACAGGACGUGAGCAAAUUGAUUGGAGUAGGCUUGGGCAGACUGCUGGGCUGGAAGGCUGAUCUGAAGAAUCCACAGUUGGAGAUAAAUGUUUGUUUGAGUGAUGACCACUGCCUGUUGGGAAUUCCACUGACCAGGUUACCGCUGUCUAACCGGAGCUACAUUAAAACCACAGGACUGAGGUCUACAAUAGCCUGGGCUAUGGCUUCACUGGCUCAGAUACAGCCAGGUUUCUUUGUAGUCGACCCAAUGUGUGGGGUGGGAACCAUCUUAACAGAAGCGGCGCAGGAACACCAGGCUGCCCGUUUCCUCGGUACAGACAUUGAUGAUAGACAGCUGCAGAAGGCCAAUGAGAACAUAGAGUUUGCCGAGGUCGGAAACAGGAUACAGCUGCUGAAGGCUUCAUCUAUGGUGCUGCCUCUGCCCAGCGCCAGUGUAGACGCUGUGGUGUGUGACCUGCCAUUUGGCAGGAAGUUCGGCGCCAAAACGAACAUGGCUGCCAACCUGCCAGUCAUUCUCACUGAGAUGGAGAGAGUCCUCUGUGUUGGUGGUACCCUGGUUCUCCUCCUGAGUCCUCAGUUAUCCUGUAUCCUGAAAAAACUCCUGGCACAAAAAGACACGGAACCAACGUCUAACCAGGAAACAAAGCCUCAAACUGGAAUACAACACUGCCAAGCUCCUUCUCUAUCUUCCAGAAAGCAGCAGACUUUCCAAAUCCACCAGGGGGUCAAAUCCUCACCUACGCAGGGAACGGACACUCAGUCUGGGCUACAGCACAGUCUGCCUCCCCCCCUCUCCUCUCUGAAGCACCAGGCAACUCUGAGAGUUAGCUUAGGCGCGAUAGAUGGACUUAUCCAUAAAUAUGUCAAGAUAGAUGCUUGAUCAGUGUUGAUGGAAGUCACAUUUCAGAGUAGAAGUUGUUUAUUUUGUUACUUAUUGUGAAAAAUAAGUAGUCAUAUUGAAAUGCCAUGUUUUAUUAUAAAUACUCUUUACCAUGUUUUUUUAUGUGGUUCACUACUGUUUUUUAUUGUGAAUGUUUUGAAGAAAUAUAUAUAUUUUUUUAAAACAAUGUUGAAUUUUGAGUUGUGUGAGCUGAAGGAUUGGAAGGUAAAUCCUUUAUCCACCUUCCGUUUCUACAUUUAGUUUACAUUCAGAACUGUAUUUGAAUAAAGCCAACUUUUGGUGUAGGUCUUGGAUUGUGCUUUUAAAGGAUACAGCUGGCGUUAUACUGUGUUCUUAUUGUCGACCAAUUCAAUGGUAAGACCAAAACAGACAAUUUCCCAGUUUGUCCCUCAAAACUGGGCAAAAGCCUAUUAGUUCCUACUGCAGAUGUAUAAUGUUCACAAACAUAUCCUUUUUUAAAAAGGCUCAGUAAUUUUCUAAAAUAGAGAGGCUAUGUAGUUUUUUGCAAACGCUACUCAAACAAGAGUAAACAGUGCAAUUGUUGGGGACUAUUAUUAGCUUCCAACAAAGACAUGCUUGUUUUUCUAGCUGUGUGACUCAUUAGUGUGUUUAAUAGUUUUGGACAACAUAGGAGGUCUACGGCACAGCUAUGUCAGGCUUUCGCUAAACAGACAACAUUUGUUAGGAUCAGUUCAUUGUUGAUUUUAGUCUUCUGUCGACAAUCAGAAAAAUAUGGAAUAUUACCAGUCUGAUCCUUAAAAGCAGGGUACAGAUAGGUUCCACUAGGGGGCCAUUUUCUGAACAUCGUUCAACGGGGGACCGACAUGGUUGUAUGUGUUUUAUAUGGUUGUAAUUUAUUUUUGAAUAUUUUAUUUCUUU